AUGACCGCUCUUUCAAUUCCUCCUGGGGCUUGGAACUGUCAUAUGCAUUGCUUCGACCCAGAGCGCCAUCCUUUCAAAGCAAAUCGCGCGUACACCCCAGAACCCGCAAGAGCAAAUGAGCUUGUCCGGAACGCCUUGACUGACAAGAUAAUGCUGGUUCAAGCAACAAUUGAAAAUGGAUACGCAGGGCUUUUAGAGAACAUGAAGCUCUGUCGAGACUCACAUCCAGACAAAAAUGUCUUUGGGACAAUUUUCUGGGAUGUAGAAUCGGAACCAAAGUCGAGCCUGGGUACAUUGACAGAUCCCCAGUUUGAUGAACUCCAUGAUGCCGGGGUGCGGUCUGUUCGUAUUCAUGGUUCCUACGGAGGUUCGGGAGAAGAUUUGGACUGGGUGCGCAAACAGUUUUUGGACGUUGCCAGACGAUGCCCAGUUCGAAGACACAACUGGAGUAUCUCAGCUCAGCUGCCGUUAGCAACUUGGUCGUCCUUGGCAGAUACAUUGUUGAGCCAUCCGAUUCUUGAAGGCGUCUCAAUUAUUGCUGACCAUAACGGCUGUGCUACAACAUCUGAUAUUAGCAGUGCUGAGCUGAGUAGUUUUAUCCGCCUCCUACAGUCCGGAAGAUUCUACGUCAAGAUCGGAGCACUUCAUAGGCGGUCUCCUGCAGACAUAACACUGAUGCGCCCGGUAAUCGAAGCUUUUGCCGACAGUGCACCACACGCCAUAUUGUGGGGGAGCGACUGGCCCCAUUGCAAUGCCAGCAUCCGUGGUCUUAAACCCACGCGUCCUUUGGAGGUGGACACGAACGCAGAGUUAACUGCGCUGCAAGAGUGGCUUACCCCAGAGCAAAUUCCAACAGGCCAGUUGGAAGAGGUGGACAAGCAAACAGGAGAAGAGGUUGAAAAUGCGCCAACGAAGAAUCCGACUUUGAUGGACACUUAUCGGUCAUACUCCCCCGAGUUUUCGAAAGAAACAGAGAAACGACUACUUCGCAAAAUCGACACACACCUGUUGCCACUUCUCGUCACCAUUUACCUGUUCAAUUAUCUUGAUCGAAACUCCAUCACCCAAGCCCGCCUCUAUGGCCUUCAAGAAGAUACGCAUGUCAAGGGUGCCACGUAUCAAACAGCCAUCUCGAUCUUCUCGGUGGGAUACAUUGCUAUGCAACUCCCAUCUACGCUUCUUAUGACCAAAGUGCAACCGCACAUCUUCCUCCCUGGGUGCAUCAUUAUUUGGGCCUUUGUCAGCGGCUGUACGAGCGCCACCUCCUCCCCCGCCGGUCUCCUCACCAUAAGAUUCUUCCUAGGAAUUGUGGAAGCCCCCUUCUUCCCAGGUGCCAUCUACUACAUGAGCUGUUGGUACACCAAGAAAGAGUUAGGCUUGCGCAUGGCACUCCUAGUGUGUGGAUUGUUGCUUUCCAAUUGCUUUGCAGGUCUCAUCUCGGCCGGUAUUCUUUCUGGGAUGGCGGGCGUAGGUCACUUAGCUGCUUGGAGGUGGCUUUUCAUUCUUGAAGGUCUCGCUACAAUGGUGGUUGGAGUCGUCGCCUUUUUCAUGUUACCUGAUUAUCCAGGGACAACAAAAUGGCUGUCUGAAGAAGAAAAAGUAGUGGCCCAGGGACGACUGGCGGCUGAUGCUGGCAGUGAAGAAGUUCUAGGCGAAGAUGAGAUCUCGAUGAAACAGGCCAUCUUCGCGGCGUUGGGAGACUAUCGAGUUUGGCUAUUCGCUUGUCUCCAAAUGUCGACCACAGCAUCGAUUUCAUUUUCACACUUCUUCCCCACCUUGAUUCAGCAGUUGGGCUUCAAAAACAACACCAUAGUCCUUCUCCUCACGGCGCCUCCCUACCUUUUCUCCUUCAUCUGGGCGUUAUCUUUUGCUUGGGAUGCAGACAGACGACAAAAGCGAUCGCCACAUGCCAGUAUCUCUGCCAUCAUGGCCAUCGCCGGCACAGUUUCACUCGUCGCCAUGGGCGAUCAACGCUGGCCACGAUAUGCCAUGACGUUUCUUGUUUGUGCAGGAACAUUUGGGAUUUAUUCUACAACCUAUCCUUGGUUGUCCUCGACAAUCGUGCAACCUGCCGUCAAAAGGGCUGCAGCGAUUGGAAUUGCCAAUACCCUCGCGAACAGUGCUUCCUUAUUCGCAAACUACUUUUGGCUGGAUCAUUAUGGACCCAGUUUCCGCGUAUCUUGGGCCUGUAUCCUGGCAUUUCAAGUGCUUGGUUUGACUUGUAUAACUGGCCUCCGUUUAUGCCUCAAGAAAGCCAACCGCAGAUUUGAGACGCUGUGUGACCAAAUCGACCCAAAUAACGAAGAUGCCUUGAACAGGCUUGAUAAGGACUCGCAGAGGGCUGUUCUGAAUGGUUUCAAGUACAUUACCUAG